UGUUGUUAAAAUGUAUGUGAUAUGAUUUUAAUUCAUUAGACAUGCUUUUUGAUUAAUACAAUUAAAAUAAAUAAACAAAACGGAAAAAAUUUAAUUUGGGAAAAAUAAAUGAAUCCUCUCUAUACUGUAAUGAGUGCUGUGUUCUUUCAAAGGGGUCAUUACAGGUCAUUUUAAACUUAAAUGUGGAGAUUAUCAUAUAAUUUAAAUGAUGCAUCUUCUGAGAGACUGACAGAAGUGGUAUGUAAAGUUAAACUAAUGUGUCUCUCAUUCCUCCCUCUCUCUCUCAGUGUCUCUCCAUCUUUCUCUCCACCUCUCUCUCUCUCUCUCUCUCUCUCUCUCCAUCUUUCUCUCCACCUCUCUCUCUCUCUCUCUCUCUCUUUCAGUAAUCAUUCAUUGAAACAUCCCCAGUUGAAAGCAGAAUGAAUCAAGAAGUGCUUGUUAUCAACAUGAGGAUUUUCUACAGGAGUCUGUCACUUUUACUGGGGUUUUUCUCUUUUCAAAUGAAGGUGAAUGGAACAGAUGGAGCAGAAGGAGCCUGUGAGGAAAAAACAGUGGCGCAGAGGACCUCAGUGCCCAGAGACAAGUAAACUCAUGCCGGCCCCGGCCCAUGAGCCCCACUCUCUUCACAUAGAGAUGCAUUCCCCAUCCUCUUCUCCAAGCCAGAGCAGCAUCUUUCCGUAGCUGCAAGCAAUCUGGUCUUGUUUGGUGGAAGAAAGUGUGAUGCACUUGAUGGCAGCAUGUUUUUAGUGGCUUCAGACGCAGAGGAGCUGUCGGGCUCGAUCAAUGUACCCGCCCCCUGCCGCCUACUGUGCACAGGGAGCCCAAGUCAGGCAUGGAUGCCGAGCUGAUCCGCAUCCAGUCUAAAACUGAGGAGGAGAUUGGACAGGAGUGUGUCAAAGGUGCCCACUCUUAGCUGCCUGGAUGAAAGGUUACUGCUGGAGCGCCACCAGGCCCCUCAUCAAGGAGCAUCAACAUUCUACCUGGAAGUUCAUUAUGAACUCGCCAAGUCAUGGUGCACUCCCUACUCUGCUUACCUAUGUGGCUCCUCUUCCUUUGCCCUCAAGACAGUCAACAGCACCAAAGACAAGGGGUGCAAUAAAAUGUCUCCCCCUAGUUGAGUCUGUCGCUGCAUAUCUCUGCCUGUCCACAGCUAUCAACUGGAAGGCGAAGGUCACCCACCCGUCCAAACCAUGCAGAAUGAUUUCGGCCCUCGCUGGAAGGGGGUACUCUGGACAAGCAGCCUUGGUGCUCCAUUCUAUUGUGGUCCUACAGGUCUACCAGGCCAAACUCCUCCAAAGCAUGGAUGAGUCCGGCCCAGACUUUCCAGCUAUCAAGGAGUUGUGCAGUGUGACAGACCUGGCUUUACACACAACCAAGACCAGGGACCUGGCAAUUGAAAGGGCAAUGGCCAGCUUAGUGGUGCUUGAGCGCCACUUAUGGUUGAUCUUAACCAAUAUUAAGGAUGCAGGCAACUCCCAAGCCUGACCUUCGACAGCACUCCCGCUCUGCCUAGUGCUUCUGAAUCGUCAGGGACCCCGGCCCAAGUUAGUGUUGGACCCACUACCUCAGGCAUCCUCCUGAUCUGUAGGAAAGUAAAAGGAGGGGGUCAAGUCCCGCUAUAGCUCCUGCUAAGACUCCUGCACUUCCUGCAAGGUUCCCUCCUUGGUUCAAAUCAAAUCCUCUCGCAAGUGUGUCCAGGGGACUGGUUCUUUUCUCUGGAUCUAAAAGACAGGAAACGUACUGUCACAUCCAAAUAGCCCCACAUCAUAGAUGAUUCUUGAGAUUCACCUUCGAGGCAGUGGCAUAUCAAUAUAUGGCCCUUCUAUUCAGACUAUAUAUCUAGGACCUCCACUUUUCCACUCUUUGUACCGCUCUUUCUCCUCUGAGACAGAUGGCAAUCGUCUAAAUUACCUCAAUGACUGGUUUGUUUUAGCUCAGUCGGAGGACAAGCUAUUAUCUCACAGAUUCUUUUUCUUUAGACACUUUGAAUACCUGGGGCUUAUGGCCAAAUUUGCCAAGAGCACUCUGUCUCCCAGCCAACGGAUAUCGAUUCUGGGAGCAGUUUUCGAAUCGGCCAUCAAGCAUCUUGUGGCCUCUUUGAAAAUAGUCUCUUGCCCAGUCAAGACAUUUCAGAAGACGCUAGGUCUUAUGGUCUCCAUGUCUCCAGUACUAAAGUUGGGCUUGCUCCAUAUGUGACCCUUUCAGUACUGACUGAAACUGCUAGUUCUGUCCCACGCCUGGAAUCGCAAACGCCUUCAUAUCAAGGGGGAACCAGGCCUGUGUGGCAGUCCUGAAACCUUGAAAAGACAAUCUUUGAAAGGAAUAGGGUGUGACCCUGGGCAUGGUCUGCAGAAGGAAGGCAGUUUUGACAGAUGCUUCCAAAAUGCAAUGGCAAACUGGCUUUCAGCCUUUGGUCGAAAGAAGAAGGACGGCUACACAUCGGCUAGUCUGAUCAGACACCAUGUCGGUAGUGUGCUACAUAAAUCGCCACAGAAGACUCUCCUUGAGGCGCCUCUUUUCUAUGGUAGCUCAUCACCUAAAAUGGGCUCAGCACAACUUGCAUUCGUUGAGAGCGACACAUGUGCCAUGUAGGUUGAACUAAGGAGCAGUAUCCCUUCUGAAUAGUGGAUGCUCCACCCCCAAACAACUCAAAUAAUCUUUGAGAACUUUGGCAAGGCAAAGGUUGACCUCUAUGCCUCAAAAGAGGGGACAACCUUGUUGUUCGCCUUCUUGAAAGGAUCUAGGAGGCUUAACCCAUGCGAUCUGUCCAUGGUGCAGAGGGCUCUAAGGAACCCUCACUUUGAGUUGCUACAAUACAUUGACCUUUGUUCUCUGAAGUUCUACCCUAAUCAGGCAACCUGAGCAACCCUUUAUAUGAUUUUUUGGCCGCACCAGAGGGUUUACGGUCAAUAAGCAGAGACUCUCCAAAUGAGUAGUUGACGCUAUUGCACUAGUUUACUCCUAUUUUCGGCAUAAACAGCCCCAAUGGGAGUAAGAGUCCAUUCGACUCGAGACAUGGCCUAAUCUUGGGUUUGGUCUAGUUGUGUGUUCAUUGCAGAAAUCUGUGUGGCAGCUGGCUGGGCCUCACCGGCCACAUUUGCCAGGUUCUAUAAUCUGGACAUCCCAACCUUACAGGCCAGAUCCUUUCUGCUUAAUGUGCUCAGUCUUGCCUUAGGGCAAAAACCAGUCUUAGGCUUGCCUACCUGCGCUCUUGGCCUUCACAGGAACAUUACUGGAAGGUUUACUUAUGGCUGGGCUGACCUCUACGAGUUUGGGUUUUCAAGUUUGCGGGCUUUGGUGGGUUUAAUCUCCAAGUUCGGCUGUCGAGCCUUUGGUUAUUUUUAUUUUUUAUUUACUGCACAAACCAAUGGCCGAGCAGUUAAACUGAUGAGAUGAGAAAGAUGGCGCCGCUGUGUAUGGCCUGCCGUCCACGUCUCUUGACUUUCCUGCUAAUUAUUUUAUUUAUCCUGUGUGUCAUUAAUAAUGUGUCAUCGCUAUUGGUGUAUGAACGCCUGACCCUGCUAAAAAUAUGAGAUACGGUGAACAACCUGACUGAUUUUGUUAAAUAUGGACAUUCAAAAACGCCGCCGCCCCUGCUAGCCGCUGUGCCAGCCUAUCUGUGGCGUCCUUUCUGCACGUUGCCUUGUAACAAGAAGCGGAGACGCGGGAAAAGAGGAGGGGUGCUCGUAAGAUUCAAGGCUUACCUGGCUUCAUUAUGUACGGAUGUUUCUGGCUGUUCGCUGAAUGGAAAAUCCACGGUGUGCGAAAAAUUUGACCUGCCCCGUUCCUUAGAGUUCAGCUAUCGGUGGCUCCAACCAGCCCUCCCUGACGCUGGGUGUUUGCUUCCGUGUUGUCGGCCGGUGAGGAUUCAGGUGCGGGGCUGCGUACGAGGGAAUCUCUGCCCGCUCAAUCAUGCCACUCAGCAGUCGGUGAACUGUAGGUCGGUGCACGCAGCUCUGAUUAACACCCGAUCGCUCACAAACAAGACCUUCAUCCUGAACGACUUGAUUUCCACUCACGACCUGGAUUUUCUCAUGCUCACAGAGACCUGGCUAAAACCAGGUGAUAACAGCGCUUUCUCGGAGCUCCUCCCUCCCGGCUACUCUUUCCUGAGUACGCCGCGAGUGUCUAGUCGUGGUGGUGGUCUGGCUUCUGUCUUUAAACAACACUUGAACUGUCGUCUGCUUCCAUCUAAGAACUAUAGUAGCUUUGAGCUUCAGCUAUUCCUGGCUCCAUUUGCAUGUCCUCUACUGUGUGCUGUUGUCUACCGACCUCCAAAAUAUAAUAAGGAUUUCAUUCUGGAGUUCUCUGAGUUACUUGGGGAAUUACGAACACAAUAUGACAGUUUACUAAUUUGUGGUGAUUUUAAUAUUCACGUUUGCUGCCCAUCAAGUCAGCUGUCCAAUGACUUUCAGAGCCUUCUGAUCUCUUUGGAUCUGACACAAUCAGUGAAGAGGUGCAGGCAGGCCGAGCGCAAGUGGAAAAAGGACAAGCUACAUGUUUCACUGGGUAUAUUGAGAGACAGUCUUACUGAAUAUCAAAAUGCAGUUAAAGCAGCUAAAUGUCAGUAUCUGUCUAAUGUCAUUUCCACCAGCUCUUACCGUCCUAGAGCGCUAUUCAACACAAUUCAGUCUCAAUUCAGUUAUUUUGUUGAUAAAGUAGCCUCUGUUAAACAGAGUAUUAAGAACAUGUCUAACACUUUUGACUUGUGCUCUUCUCCUGUCCGUUCUAUGUUUAAUGUGUUUGAGCCAGUGUCACUCCCUCUCCUCUCUGAUGUGGUCCAGGGGCUGAGACUGACAAACUGUCCUCUGGACAUUAUCCCAUCUAAAAUGCUUAAACAGGUUUUUAACACAGUAGGCCCAUGCCUCCUCUCAUUUAUAAACAGUUGCCUGAGUUCAGGUUCUGUACCAACUGUAUUCAAGCACGCAGUGGUCAGGCCUCUGCUAAAAAAAACCCAACCUUGAUCCUACUGGUAUGUCAAAUUUUAGACCUGUGUCCCAUUUACCUUUUCUAUCCAAGGUUUUGGAAAAGAUUGUUUUCUUACAGUUACAGUCUUUUCUGGAGAACAAUCAGAUUUGUGAAAAGUUUCAGUCUGGCUUUAGGACAUGACACAGCACUGAGUCCGCUCUUCUCAAAGUACAAAAUGACAUUCUCUUGUCCCUUGAUGAGAAAAAGCCAGUGCUGCUCAUAAUGCUGGACCUUACUGCAGCAUUUGACACCGUGGACCACUCAGUCCUCCUGACACGUCUGGAACAACAGGUUGGGCUUCAGGGACCUGUGCUGCAGUGGUUUAGGUCGUAUUUAACAGAGAGGACUUUUUCUGUUAGGAUUGGUGACCUCUCCUCCUCCUCCGCUCCCUUGACCUCUGGUGUGCCACAAGGUUCCAUUUUGGGCCCUGUUUUAUUUUCCUUGUACUAUAUGUUGCCGUUAGGUGCAGUUAUUUCAAAGAAAGCCAUCCAUGCUUUUAUUAGCUCCCGCAUAGACUACUGCAAUGCGCUCUAUGUGGGAGUUCACCAAACUGGACUUCACCGUUUGCAGCUUGUGCAAAUCGCUGCUGCCCGACUGCUAACUAACAGUCGUAAACACGAGCACAUAACACCUGUCCUGUACUCCCUGCACUGGCUCCCUGUCCAGUUUAGAAUUAAUUUUAAAAUCUUAAUGUUUGUUUUUAAUGCACUCACGGGCCUUGCACCUUCCUAUUUGUGUGAGAUUCUGACCCCUCACAAACCCAGCAGAGCUCUACGUUCUGCUGGGCAACAUCUGCUGAAGGUGCCCCGGUCCCGGUUCAAACAGUGGGGCGAUCGUUCUUUUGCAGUGGCCGGUCCUAAACUCUGGAACUUGUUGCCCAUUGAGUUACGUUCCAUCACUGACCGGCCUCUGUUUAAAGCCAAACUUAAAACCUAUUUAUUUAAAAUGGCUUUUUGCACUUAAUGGCUCUGUGACACUGCUCUGUUUUUAUUGUGUAAAUAUGUUUUAAACCUAUUUGUAAUUAUGUUUAUUUUUUACUAAUGUUGUUAAGCACCUUGGUUCAAUCUGUGGUUGUUGGAAGGCGCUAUAUAAAUAAAUAUUGAUUGAUUGAUUGAUUGAUUAAACUGCAUUAUUGAAAAAGCUUCAGUCAUCUGAAAAAAAAUUAUUUUCACCAUAGCGUCUUAACAGAAGCAGUACUCUUUCCCAUAUCUCAGGGAACUGAGGUUUGUAAGAGAGUAUGUUUUCUAUUGAUCAUAUUCUAGUGAACAUAGCAGCAUGGGGCACAGUCAGUCAGUCAACAUCACUUAAUAACUUGAAUGGCAUAUAUGCUCUGGAUGGGAAAAACUAUACCUGUGCUCAUACUUUGACACAAUCUGACCCAUGGUGGAUGCUGGAUCUGCUGAAGACAUACAGCGUGAAUAGAGUGACCAUCACUAACAGAUUUGACUGCUGCAACACCAGGAUAAAUGGGUCAGAGAUUCGGAUUGGAAACAACUCUUCAGAUUUUUUCAGCAAUCCAGUAUGUGCUGUAGUUUCUACUAUUCCAGCAGGAGCUACAUACAGCUACUCGUGUGAUGGGAUGGAAGGACGUUAUGUUACUGUGAAUAUUCCUGGAGAUUCAAAGAUUCUUACUCUCUGUGAAGUGGGAGUCUAUGUUAUUUUUCAAGAUAAUUUGUCAGCUGGAAGAAACGUCACACAGUCAUCAACUUAUGGCCUCUGGUCUGCUGAACAUGCCAUUGAUUUCAAUCCAGGAUUAACAAAAUCAUGGUCAGCAUGUUCCUCAACCAAAGUUCAGACUAACCCAUGGUGGAGGGUGGAUCUGAGUUCUGUGUACAGAGUAAGUAGUGUCGUGAUUACAAACAGACUAGACUGCUGUCCGGAACGAAUAAACGGAGCGGAGAUUCGCAUCGGAAACUCUUUGGAGAACAACGGCAACAACAAUCCCAUAUGCGCUGUGAUUUCUAGCAUUCCAGCUGGUGUUUCCUCCACCUACAUUUGUAACGAUAUGGAGGGUCGAUACAUGAAUCUGAGCAUUCCUGGAGAUUCAAGGAUUCUUACUCUGUGUGAGGUGGAGGUCUAUGGGGAAGGCCCUUUAUUGAAGAAAACGUUGGUGAAGAUAAAAUUGAAGUCCAGUUCGACUCUGUCUGAACCUGAAAUGAGAGCCCAGCUCCUGUCACAGCUCCAGUCUGUUUUGGAGGAACGAGGGUUUUCUGACGUGACGCUGAAAUGGUCUCAACCUCCCGAAAUGGAAGUGAAGCGGAAGGAAGCUGCACCAGCUCAGUCUGCUCGAAGAAAGAGAUGAUGAGGAAAACUCAAAUCGAAUCACCUCUUCAUCUUUCAUUUACAAUGUCAAUUUGAAACCGUUUGUGUAUUUGUGAUGGUGAUUUUAGUGAAAAAUUUUCCAUUAGACUUGGACAAAAGACUGUUUUUCUGAGUCAGCAAGUAUUUGUUUCAGGAUUUUAAACAGGGAAAUUGUCUUUACUUUUAAGAACACCUUGUAAGACGCAGUUAACAAAUGCAGUAAGCAGUGCUGUCAUUAAAAUCAUCCUUAACACAUUAAAGGACAGUACAAUAAAGAAAUGGCUUUCCUAAAUGCACUAUUUAAACUAAUGUUUUAUUGUGAAGAUGAGAUUGAGCUGAAGAAUGAAUGCUGUAUCUAGGGUUGCCAACUUAAAGGAAAAAUAUGGGACAAUCACGUAUAUAGCCUAUAACUUUUUAGUUGUCAUUUUGUUUUUCAAGGAUAAGGUCCAAAGAACACUCUCGCUGCUUUUUCUUCUGUGUGGGCGUAUUCAAGUCGCACACUUCAGUUUGAAUCUGAAUAGAGCAUUACAGUCCCGCCCACAGCUGGUGCCGGAGGUAAAAAUUCAAUACAAUUUCUGCAUUCACAUUUGGGAAAUAAGCCAUAAAACGUAACCAUACAUGGUAGACUUAAAACCAGCUACGGCUGUACUAAGCGAUAGUAUAUGCUCACAUAAACGCCAAGAGUUCUUUUAUUCGCGAUGUCUUGGAUAAGUACUUCA